AGAGUAGGGAAAAUGAAAGUGAAACAAAUAGUGUAAGAAAAAUUGACAUUCUUAGGGAAUCAAGGUGGGGAGUAGUAACCCCAUUGGAUCAAAACUUGUCAUCUUCCACAAUACUUAAAUGGACUUUUUUGCAACUUUUGCAGUAACUGACCACUGACCCCAUCCACCCUCCCAUGGCCUCUGCACUUCUUGCUUUGGGACCACAAUUUUUUUUUUUUUUUUUUUAAUAUACUACUUCUGUUUUUCCCAACUCUCUCUUCUUGUCUUGAUAUUGUAAAAAAGAAUGAAGUCAAAAACUUCUACAGCUCAUCUUUAUUUCCACUGUUACACUUCCCUAAACACUCUCUUCCCAACCCACCAAUUCUUUAUACAAAAUGUGAAGAUUAGAUUUGGAACAAAAAGAAAUAGUUUCUUUGUUUGUUGUAUCUUUUUCAUUCACCUAACCCCUUUUGCUCUGAUCUAUUUUUUUUGCUCUCAAAGCACAUAUCUUUUGCUACAUUAAAGUUUGGUUUUUUCUUUUAAAGUUGUGUCCUUUUCAUCUUUCCUGUUCACAGGACAUUCCAUUACUGCACCACUCUGUAGUAUCAUUCUUAAAAGUUUUGGUCAAAAGACUCAAAAUUGUAUCUAAAUAGGAGGUAUUUUGUGCAUUACUACUUAUUCUUUCUUAGCUACAACUCAUUAGUAUGGCCAAAUUAGUUAUCAACUCAUUGUUUUGACAGAGUUCAUUUGACUAAAUAAAACCCCUUUUGACUUGCUUUUGAUAUAGUGAAAUGUAGGGUCUCCUACUUUGAUUUUGAUGUUUUGGUUAUUGCCUUAUUGGUGAGUGAAUUUAAUGUGGCAACUUGCAUUUGGACAUUUUUGUGUUAAACCUAUUGAAUAUUAUAGUUUCUUGGAAGUUCACCACACUGUUCAACUGAUCUACUCUCUUUAUUGGACUUCAAUGAUUCUUGUGGUUAGUGUUUACCUAGGAUUAUACUAUCUUACUUCACUUGCAUAAUGAUUAGUGAUAAUAAUUGCUGUUGUAUUAAGGAUUUGCUAAUUGAUUUUUUGGAAUUCUUGAAAUGAUUGGGCAAUCAUAGCAUCUCAGCUUUCCUCAGUUUUUCCUACUUCCUGUUUCUUGUCUACUUUCUUGUCCCAUUCUGGCUUCUUAAUUAGCUUGUCAAAAUGCUGUUUUUCUCUUCUUAGUUCAGUAUUGUAUAUAACUCUCUCCCACUCUCCCACUGGUUUUUGAGGAAUGCAGUCUGCCAUUUGUUUGGUGCUGCUAUUUUUAGUUGAGUCAGUUAAAGGAAGCUUAGAUUUGGAUGUUCUUUUGGAGCUUAAGAAGGGAGUUCUAAAAGACCCUUUAGGGAAAGUCCUUUCUUCAUGGGAUUCUAAGUCAUUAGGACCAAAUGGGUGCCCCCAAAAUUGGUAUGGUAUCAGUUGCAAUGAUGGUCAUGUCACUUCAAUUGAACUAAAUGAUGUUGGUUUAGUUGGAGCUUUGGAUUUUGCAGCUAUUGCUGGCCUAAAAUUGCUGCAGAAUUUGUCAGUUGCAAAUAACCAGUUGAGUGGGAAAAUUACUAAGGAAGUUGGUUUGAUUGUUUCAUUGGAAUACUUGGAUCUUUCCAAGAACCUGUUUAGUGGCUCUAUACCCUCUGAGCUGACUAGUUUGAAGAACUUGGUGUCUCUUAAUCUUUCUAUAAACAGCCUCGACGGGAUGGUUCCGUCUGGUUUUGCUAGUCUUGAGAAAUUGAAGUAUCUGGAUUUGCACUCUAAUGCCUUCUCAAGUGAUAUUAUGCUGUUGUUGGCCUCAUUGGGCGAUGUAGAGUAUGUCGAUCUCAGUAGCAACAAGUUUAUUGGAUCACUAGACCUGCAAGUAGGAAAUUCGAGCUUCGUCUCGUCGAUUCGAUACUUGAACAUUAGUUAUAAUAACCUGGCUGGAGAGCUCUUUCCUCAUGAUGGAAUGCCAUACUUUGAUGGCUUAGAGGUGUUUGAUGCAAGUAACAAUCAGCUUACUGGUACUAUUCCAUCCUUCAAUUUUGUAGUUUCUCUUCGAAUUCUUAGGCUCGGGAACAAUCAGUUGUCUGGAUCACUACCUGAAGCUCUUCUGGAGGAAAGCUCAAUGAUCUUAUCAGAGUUGGACCUGAGCCAGAAUCGGCUUGCAGGUCCCAUCGCAGGUAUAAGUGCCGUGAAUCUCAAGCUUCUAAAUUUAUCCUACAACCAGCUGUCAGGCCCCUUGCCUGUAAAGGUUGGGCGUUGUGCCAUCAUAGACAUGAGCAACAAUCUGCUAACUGGAAAAGUUUCCCGGAUCCAAGGUUGGGGAAAUUACGCUGAAGUUAUUGUGUUAAGCUCAAACAGUUUGACGGGAACCUUUCCCAACCAAACUUCCCAGUUCUUGAGGCUUACUUCGUUAAAGAUUUCAAACAACUCACUUGAAGGUGUAUUACCAGCUAUUUUAGGUACAUACCCCGAACUGAAAAUGAUUGAUCUUAGCAUUAACCAACUUGGUGGUACUCUCCUUCCCAGCCUUUUCAACUCUAGCAGAUUGACUGAUAUUAACGUGUCUUUCAACAAAUUUACUGGCAGUUUACCUAUAGUGGCAUUCAACUCAGAGAACUUAAGCUUGAUUUCUCUAGAUCUUUCACAUAAUGAAUUAUCUGGUCUUUUGCCUCCGGGACUGGACAAGUUCCCGGACAUGGUAUAUCUGGAUAUCUCUAAUAAUGACUUUGAAGGUGGCCUUCCUAAUGACCUCUCUGACAAAUUGGAAUAUUUCAAUGUAUCUAAUAACAAUCUUUCUGGAACGGUUCCGAAAAAUUUAUGGAGGUUUCCCAUCUCCUCAUUCCAUCCAGGGAAUCCCUUGCUUGUACUGCCAAAGCAGGUCGAAGCUCCGUCAGAGGGAGAUUCCACUUUGAACUUGAGAAGUCAUGGUCCUCGCAUGAAAUCCACCAUCAGGGCUGCCCUUAUUGCUGGUCUGGUCUGUAGUGUAUCUGUCAUAGCUUUGUUGACAUUAGUAAUCUACCGCAAGGCCCAUCUACGAGAUGGUGGAAAGGACGAUACCAAAGUAACUAAGGGUAAAAAAGGUUUGUCUUUAUCCGAUAUAGAAAGCGGACAUGACACAAGAGAUCAAGGGAUGCCAGUGUCAACAGUUCAAAAUGAGCUGAUAUCUUCUUCUAUAUCUGUUUUGUCAUCUGCCAAUCUAUCACCUUCUAAGGUUCAAGAUCAAUCCAAAAGCCCCAACUCUCUCAGGGUUUCUUCCCCUGAUAAACUGGCUGGAGAUUUGCAUCUAUUAGAUAACUCCUUGAAGUUCACUGCGGAACAAUUAUCGUGUGCUCCUGCAGAAGCUGUAGGCAGAAGUUGUCACGGAACAUUGUAUAAAGCUACACUUGGUUCAGGCCAAGAAUUUGCUGUCAAAUGGCUUAAGGAAGGGAUAGUGAAAGGCAAAAAGGAAUUUGCUAGAGAAGCUAAGAAACUGGGGAGUAUUAGGCAUCCAAAUUUAGUUUCUCUUCAGGGUUACUACUGGGGUCCCAAAGAGCACGAGAGGCUUCUCAUAUCGAAUUACAUCAAUGCACCAUGUUUAGCUCUCUAUCUUCUUGGUAAAGAUGCAGACUCCUAUAAGCUACAACCGUUGUCUCUUGAGGAGCGGCUCAAGGUCUCUAUAGAUGUAGCUCGUUGUCUAAACUACCUUCACCAUGAAAGUGCCAUACCUCAUGGCAACCUGAAAUCCACAAAUGUACUAAUAGAAACGCCUAACGUGAAUGCCCUCCUUACUGAUUAUAGUCUUCAUCGGUUAAUGACAUCAGCUGGAACAGCAGAACAAGUACUAAAUGCCGGAGCACUUGGUUAUCGGCCUCCUGAAUUUGCAAGUACAAGUAAACCUUGUCCAUCAUUGAAAAGUGAUGUUUAUGCAUUCGGGGUUAUCUUGUUGGAACUUUUGACUGGAAGAAGUUCUGCAGAAAUUGUUCCUGGAAAUUCAGAAGUGCUGGAUUUAACAGAAUGGGUGAGAUUAUUGGCCAUCAAAAACCGUUCAAUCGAGUGUUUUGAUCCGUUUUUAUUGGGAAAAGAGAGCAACGAAGGCGUGCAUGCGAUUCUUGAUAGCAUGCUUCAGGUUGCUCUGAAGUGUAUUUUGCCAGCUGAUGAUAGACCUGAUAUGAGAAUGGUUUUUGAGGAUCUUUGUUCAAUAGUACAAUAACACAAGGGGUGAGGUAGAUAAUUUGUUCUAUUUAAUUGUUUAGACCAAUUCAUUUGUGAAUUAGCACAUUAAGUGAUGAAUGAAGAAUCUGUAUUCUCCACAUAUUGGCAAGAAAUAAAAAUUUCUUGUACAUAAGCUGCUAAUCAUUUUAAUGAACCUUGUAACCUAGUGGUGCCAGAAUCACAUUCAUCUUCUGUUUGAUAAAAGAAUUUUGUUACCAAAGCUG